AUGGAUUUCACCAUCACUGAUCCUUCAGAAACCAAUAUCAAAACAUCAUCUGAGGAGUGUGAUCCAAACUCGAUUGAGAGAGAAAUCCUGGCACAACAAGCAAGCGGCAGAAAAUCGCAGGGCAAGCAUGUAUUUUUGAAAAAUGUAUCGACAGGUGAUGCAGAGUUGAUGCCGGGUAAUUAUUACGGGCCAGGCGUUGUCCCAGCAUCAGACCAGGGCCAUUUCUACAUUGGUAAUAAGGCAGGAGAAAAUUCGAGUAUGGUGCUGGGAAAUACAGAUGGAGGAACUACGCGAAGCAUUUUGCAAGAUAAGAGAGCACAACGCGCAAAAGAAAAAGCAGAAGCAGAGAGAGCGGAAAAGAAAGCCGCAGAGGAAAGAGCAGAAAAGAGAACAGCACCGGAGCACCUUCGACUUGUAGGAUUGUCUGGCAAGAAGUAA